AUGAGGACUAUAUUGUUCAAAUCAUCACCUUCAAGACCACCUACUCCAUCACCACCUCAUCGCCAUAUGUUCUCCGAUACAUUAAUGGACGACAAUAUCGAGACUGCACAGGUACUGAUUUCUAAAUGGGAUGUCUCCGAUUCCUCCAGUCUCUACUGUAACAUAACCAAUCUAUUCGCAGCAGAUAACCGCUACGAAGCCAAACAGUAUCUUAACUCCAUCAAAGACCUCCAGACUGCCAUGCAAUAUUACAUCUCCCAGGACCCCACCUCAGACAAGCUUGUUUUCGCCCAAAAUCUUAUGCAAAUUGCCAUGAAGAGACUCGAGAAGGAGUUUUACUUAAUUUUGAAGGCCAACAGACAGCAUCUUGACUCUGAAUCUGUGUCCAGAGCGUCAAGAUCAAGCAUUUCUGAAUUUGAGGUUGAGUCUGAGGAGGAGGAAGAUUCUAUUUCUGAAGUAGAGCGGGUUUCCAUGGCUGCCGUGGCAGAUUUGAAGGCGAUCGCUGAAUGCAUGAUUGCUGCUGGUUAUGGAAAAGAAUGCGUCAAGAUAUACAAGAUCAUUCGAAAAUCGAUUGUUGAUGAGGCCCUGUAUCAUCUGGAUGUUGAAAGCAGGUUGAGUUUGGCACAGAUUCAAAAGAUGGACUGGGAAGUUCUGGAAGUUAAAAUCAAGACCUGGUUAAACGCAGUCAAAGUUGCAGUUAAAACUCUGUUUUAUGGUGAGAGAGUUCUCUGUGACCAGGUGUUUUCUUCUUCUCCUACAAUGAAAGAGUCCUGCUUUGCCGAUAUAACAAGAGAAGGUGCCUUGUCUCUCUUUGUAUUCCCUGAAAACGUAGCCAAGUACAAGAAAGCUCCUGAGAGAAUGUUCCGCACGCUAGACCUGUACGAAGCAAUAGCUGAUCUCUGGCCUGAAAUCGAAUCCAUCUUUGAUCUAGAAUCAACCUCAACCGUCCGACAACAGGCCAUUAGCUCACUAAUCAAGCUCGGGGAGGCAGUCCGUGCAAUUCUAACAGAAUUCGAGUCUGCAAUCUCAAAAUUCAACUCAAAAGCAGCAGUCCCAGGUGGUGGCAUUCAUCCUCUGACACGUUACGUAAUGAACUACAUCACUUUCCUCACCGACUACAGCAGCGUACUUGCUGACAUCCUUGCUGAUUGGCCUCUACCAGUGCCGUCUCCAUUACCAGAAGCUUACUUCGGUAGCCCCGUGUCCGAUGACGCCAUAAGUAACUCAGCGAUAUCGAUAAGAUUAGCAUGGCUGAUCCUUGUUAUGCUAUGCAAACUCGACGGCAGAGCUGAGAUGUACAAAGAUGUGGCUCUCUCGUAUCUUUUCCUCGCAAACAAUCUUCAAUAUGUGGUAAAUAAAGUCCAGAGAUCCAACCUAAAGUUACUCCUUGGUGAUGAAUGGAUAGAGAAGCAUGAGUCAAAGGUACGACAAUAUGCGUCGAAUUAUGAACGCAUUGGGUGGAGCAAAGUGUUUGCUGCCCUACCGGAUGCUAAGGAUAACCAGAUGACAACCCCACAAGUCACUGAGUGUUUCAAGAGAUUUAAUUCUUCUUUUGAAGAAGCUUAUAACAGGCAAGCUUCAUGGGUCGUUUCGGAUUCCAAAUUGAGAGACCAGAUUAAAGUUUCGGUUGCCAAGAAGCUAGUCCCGGUAUACCGGGAAUUUUAUGACAAGUAUCGUUUCGUGGUGGUGAUUAAGGAAGGAGUUGUCAGAUUUGCCCCGGAGGAUUUGGGGAAUUACUUGUCGGAUUUGCUUUUCGGGACAGGAGGUUCAGGGAGUAAUCUGUCAUCGUUAUCUUCUGUCUCGUCAUUUUCCUCGUCUUCGGGUCACUCUCGAGGCGGCCCAAGUCGUUGA